CAAGUACUCAUUAAGGGAAACAAUAGAAGGAAAUUUGAUUCAAAGUCAAGAGAAUUAAUUAUGAUUGGCUAUAGUUUGAAUCAAAAAGGCUAUCGUUUCGUGGAUAUUAAGAAUCCAACUCGGCUAAUAAUCGCUCGGGACGCAGUAUUUUUUGAAAAUGUUCAGAAUUAUGGCAAAGAGACCAUUCAUCUGGAGUAUGUGGAUAGUGCGCAGAGCAAUGAGGUUUUAGUAAAUAAUAAUGAUCAUCUGGUAAUGCCUCAGGUUCCUGUACAUAUAGGAGAUCCUGAUGCAGUGGGGGAAUUGGGAAUGAAUACUCCUGAUCCAACCACCUCUACAAAUGAAUCAACCACCUCUACAAACGAACGUCGUUAUUCAAAGAGGAUUAGACGUCCCAAAGUACAAGAAGAUAUGAUCUAUAAUUUUUUGAUUACCGAGGGAUCAGAUCCUAAGUCAGUUGAAGACGCAUUGAAACGUUCGGAUCGAGAGUUAUGGCACACAGCCAUGCUAGAUGAAUACAACGCGCUGAUGCAAAACAAAACCAGUAAACAGAAUUAAACUUAAUAAAUGUAUAAAACUUAUGUGGUUAAGUGGGGGUGUUAGAACUGGCCUUCUUAGUAUAUAUAACCAUCAUAAGUUUGUAUUAAGAAGAAUAGUUGUUGCCUAGCAACAAUUAGUUAGUCGUAUAAUUUUAUGUAAAGAAUAAAAAAGUCAGUAUGUACAUCCGAAGAACUAUGUUU